AUGAAGAUAUCAUCAGAAUUGAAGGGGCCAAGGAGGGUCGGGUGGACCCAGCGGUUCACCAACAAUUGGUCCACAACAGCUCUCAAAGAUGCAGCAGCAGCACAGAACAUAGAAACUGCCAACAGGGAAGGCAAAACCAUAUCUUGGGUUCCAAGGAGAGAUGGGUGGAGAUUUGUGGAUAGAGAGAAGCGUUAA